AUGCAUUCUUUGUUCUUGAUAUCCCAAGUGCAUUCCAAAGAAGAGUAUAAACAAUCAUACUCUAAUACAAAUUAACAGCAUUCACAAAUAUUGUUACGAUCAAAUGUGGUUGAAGAGAUCAAUGUGGUAUCAUUAACUUACAUCAAUGUCGAUUUUUAAUUGAACUUUAAAAACCGAUUAGAGAAUACACAGGCAAGAAUCAAUGUUUUCUCAUAAUUCGAUAAGAUUCAAACUUAAUUAAAUGAUUAUUGCUUUAAAUAACUGCCUAUUAAUAAAUCUUUUAUAAUUCAAUCAGAUUUUAUCAGAUUUGGUCAGAUUUCAUCAGAUGUAAAUAUUAGAAACCUCUUGAUUAAAACAUUGUUAAAUGAACUAUGGCUAAGAAUAUUUACUAUUAUAUAAUGGAAAAUGUUAUAGAAAUUGAAUUCAAGCUAAGCCAAGGCCUAAUAAAUAAAUUUUGAAUUGGCUAUAUGA